AUGACGGAGCCAAGAAAUCUUCCGCCGAGUCGGCGACGAGAUAAACCACAGCUGUCAUGCAAUUUAUGCCGGAGAAGAAAACUAAAAUGCGACCGAAACCAACCAUGUGGAUCCUGUCGUCACAGAGGACUGUCCCUCUCUUGCACAUAUCCUCAGUCUACUACGAGUGAGACGAGACACAUUGCCAAGCAUUCUCGGCAAAUAUCCAGCUCAGGCCUAACAGAACGAAUUGGGCAACUUGAGAAGCUUAUUUCGUCCCUCGUGGGCGAUGAUGCUCGCCGGAAGGCGCCCAGCCAAGUUGAUAUUUCCUACCCAUCUGGGCCUGGACCAACCAAGGACCCACAGCCAGUCAAACCGGAGAAUGCGAAUGACCCGUCGGAUUCAUUCGGCCAUAUAUCCCUUCGUGAUAGCAAAACCACCUAUGUCCAAGACACGCAUUGGACUGCAAUCUUAGAUGGGAUCACAGAACUCAGAAAUUCAGUACAAAAUGAGACAACAAGCGCGCAAUGCCAGCCUGUAUCAUCUUCACGCUCCCCGAGUAUGAUGUUCCCUAGCUGCAAGUCAGCAACUCGUGAAGAGAUUCUAAGCGGACUCCCUCCACGAGAACUUUGUGACAGGCUUGUUGCCGACUAUUUCACUAACUCGUCACUUCCCUUAAUACACGGGCCAUCAUUCCUGAGACGGUAUGAAGCAUUCUGGGAAAACCCACACGAGACACAUAUGAUGUGGAUUGGAAAGUUAUAUGGCGUACUCUCCGUGCCUUUGAUUUUUCAGCGACAUGACGAUCCCACAUUUCAAAGCAAGAUCGAGGAAUUCGACCACAAGAUAAAUCAAUGUUUGAUCGCUGGCAGAUACCAAGAUUGCCCACCCGAUACAAUCGAGACUCUCUGUUGCACUCUCAACACACAGUUCUUCCAAUCGGGUGAUGGGGAGAUGAGCAGUAUGGUAAUUAUGGGUGUUCUUGCGCGCAUGGCUCAACGAAUGGGAUACCAUCGUGAUGCGUCUCACUUCCCCCAUAUCUCGCCUUUUCAUGGCGAAAUGAGAAGAAGGGUUUGGACAGUGAUCACCGAUCUCGAUACACUGCUUUCAACAUCAGCCGGGCUUCCACGUUUAUUGCGUGAAUUCCAGUCAGAUACAGCAUCUCCUAGGAACCUUUUAGAUGAAGACUUUGACGAGGACUCACCAGAGCUACCCCCAGCACGCCCGGAUUCAUUCCAAACACCCUGUCAAUGGCUUGUAGCCAAGAACAAAGUCACGUCGAUACUAGGCAUCGUGACAGACUUCGCAACAUCCAUCCGGCGGCCGACUUACGUAGAAGUCAUGCGCCUAGACAAAAUACUUCAUGAAACAUACUUGGCUAGCCCAAGCAAUCUACUCGAGAGACCUUUGAGUAAAUCUCUUCUGGACAACUCGGAAACGAUUCUUCAUCGGUACCAGCUUCUCCUCUUGGUCGCAAAGGCGAGAUGCGUUUUGCAUUACCGGUAUCUGGCACCCGCGAGAAACGAUGAACGAUAUGCGUACUCGCGCAGCAGCUGCAUUGAAGCAUCUUUAAAAAUCUUGGAGUCUUAUCAUCUAAUACAUCGAGAAUCGAGAUCUGGUGGACGUCUCUAUCGCGAGAGAUGGAAAUGCAAAUCUCCCUUGCUGAUUGGGAUGACUAUGCUAGGAACGACCUUGCUCUGUCUGGAGUUGAAUUAUGAGCUUUCAAUCAAUCCAGCGACCAAUCAAAAACACCAAACACUUCCAGAAUCUUUGAAAUAUCAGCUGAUUGAAGCGCUUAAAAUAUCCUACGCUAUUUGGACCGAAGAUAAAGGUUCAUUCCCAAAAUCUCUACAAACAAUGCAAGCCGUCGAGCUGGUCUUCAAAAAACUUGCAAUACAGCACCAUGAUAUCUCUUCAAGCUUAUCUCCUGGGAGGACUCACUCAUCAAAUGACUGCUCUACUGAUGAUCUAACCAUUGACUUCUUUCCUGGUGCGCCUCCAUCCUCAUGGCCUGCACUCGAUGGCGCAAUGUUCUUAGACCAAGCGAUGAACUUGCCCCAUGCCCAGGCGCUUGAUUUGAAUUCGCCGGCACCAUCAUUUCAUAUUGCGCCCGAACUAUUGGACCUGACGAAUACUAUGGACGAGAUGCUGGGAAUAUCAAUGAAUUAUCCUCGAAUGCCCGACUUUUAA